AUGCAAAUAUAUCACAGUUUAAUGACUUUACGCUGCUGGAUAAUUUUAAACCUUUCUACGACAAAUAUUUGAUCGAUUCUGAUGUGUUUCCUGGUGUCUUUUCAAAACGUUAAUUUUUUUUCUUAGCAAAACAGUAAAGGUCACUCACACUCCUCCACGUUGCACCAACCUACUUACGCCCCUCGAAGAAUGGUUACUAUAACAACGCCCUUUUGAUUGACAAAGUUAUCACGUGGCCAAACAUGACGUUUUUGUUUUGAAGGACGAAAGUGAGGCGGAGUAAGGUGAGAAGUGCUCGAGUUCCUGCAAACUAACAUGAAAUUUUCUGACUUUUUACAAACCUGAGGCGUCUUGUUGAAGAUGCGGAGACGUCACAAACAAGGUUCUUUGUCGGCAAAUGGAAUGCGCUCGAUGUGGGAAUUUGUUUUUGUUUCCCAGUUCCUGCGGGUAUUCCACGGGAAGUUUGGUUUCGUCCGCUUCACAGCCGAGGAAUUAGAGAAUGCCUUCUUGGAGCCCCAGAACUCGACCCUGUUUGGAAUAUUCUCAGACCUUCUUCGAAUCUUACUCCCCAAACGGGAUGUAAAGACAACUACAUGGCAGGAAGUCUUAAAAGAAGAGCUGGAGAAAAGGUCUUCAGAGUGGUGUCCGUUCGAGGAAGGAAAACAUUACGAAGAAUUUAGCCCAGAGAAUCGGGUGAGUUUUUUUUCCGAGUUGGUUUUUCACAUUAAUGACUAUCGAUGUGGGCGUUUUGUUUGUCAUGCCUCGAACGUUCUGAGGUUGAUAGGCUAAAUACUGUUAACAGAUUAAACUAAUUAUUUUCGCAAAUUGUACAAGGACAAGAAAUUCGCUUGCACAGUUUCAACAAGUGCGACAAAUUGAGCGAGUGUGGGGUUUCAAUGCAAAAUGGCGCUCGACGCGAACCGUGCGAGUCACUUUCAUAUUUCUCUUUUGAACCCGGUAAAAUAUUUUCAUCUGUAAUUUCAAUGUCGAACUCUUAUACCUAACGGUGAUAUAGUGCAUAUCAUUUUAACGAAGGUCAAGUGCAAAAGUGAUAAUCCUAAAGCCUUUGCAAUUGGAUAUAAGUUUGAGCUCAAAUUAGCCUGGAAAAUAAACUAAGCUUUAAACCUUAAUGUGAAUGUAAAGUGACAACGUAACCUUUUUCCUCGUUAAUUUUGUUAUGUUAAGUUUUUGUUGUCCACUAGCCAUGAUAAUGUUGUCAUUGUUGAUGGAACUAUUGUCUGUUGAACUGUUUUGAUAUCAUAAGCAUAGUACACUUCAACAAUAUAACCUGGUGAUGGUACAUUUGUAGACUGUGGAGACUAUGAAAAGGAGGAACAUAUUUUUCAAUCUGAAAUAUUCAUUUUUUUGUUAUUUGCAACUGUCCUUCACUUUUUCUAGAUCACAUUUCAUCGCACAGUUUGAAUUUACAAUUUACAAUGUUGCUCACAUCUUUAAGACUGUAUGAAUUCAAAGCUGAUUCCCACGUUGAUUUAUUGUAAUGCUGAAGCAGUGGGGAAGCUUUACAUUUUAGUGUUGAGCUUCAAUUUAGUUCCGUGCAGCAACAAAUUGUACUGAAAGACCCACAUUGCAUCAUUAUAGGCUAGCACUGACCCUGACUAGGGGUGGGGUGGGAGCACUAACCACAAAUUUGGGAAUGGGUGAGCUUCCUGAAUGACAGCAUGUCAGAAGCAACCAUUUCUCACAAAAGACUUAAAAAUACGUACAUUUAGGCUUGUUGAAGCUCAAACAAGUGAGCACUUCAAUCAAGCAGCUGCAACCCUCUUAUGAUGAUGUACAUGAAAGUAUGUAAGCCCUUUCCCUAUCAGGGAUGUAUACAUGUAAUUAAUAAUAAUAAAUAAUAAUAAUAAUGAUAACUUCUACGAGUAACUAUAAAAUAACUUAGAAUAGUACAAAGUAUGAAUAUUAGUUGCAAAACAAGUCCACAGUUAAAAACUAUAUUUAAAUUAUAAUUAAUUAUUAAAAAUUAAAAAUUAUUUCAAAGCACAUGAAUAGCCCUUUUCACAACACUAUGCUAAGAAAUGUUUUUUCAUGGCCGAACUAAAGGAGCAAUGGACGUAUACGUUACGUGUAUAUGUCCUCAGACAAAGAGCAUUACUGAGUGCCCAGUUGUUUAUGAUGGCUUGAACAAAAUCAUUAUGGUUGCUGGUUAGAGAGGGUGUUUGAUUCUGGUGGGGAGGGGAUUAAGAUUGCAUCUACGUCUUAGCCACGUGAAUGGUAACGUUUGUUUAAUGCUUCAUUUGCAACUGAUGAAGGGGUUUUCCUGAAACAUCUCAAAAAAUACCAUUUAGAACCUUAAUUUUGAACUAAAAUGAAGUAAUUCAAUUCAGUCAAAGUGCUACACAGCAACAACUUGUUUUUUAUUUCUAAAAGGGGUUAAAAAUUGUUGUGGAAAUUUUAGAUUUUCCCAAAUGUAGACGGUGCAGACCAGACACAAUAUUACUGGCAAUAUGACAUUAUUUUGGGGAUUCUGAUGGCGGAGAAUUUUGGUCGUUGAAUUUUGUGUAAAGCAUGACACUGUUCGAUUGCUAAAACCUACUAGUGAAAUGUGUAGCGAAACAAUACGUUAGUCAUUAUGCCAACAAGGGUCGCAUUGUUUUCCGUUCUUUUUCAAGCAUUUUAUCAGAACUAAAAUUAAGCAUUUGCAGUGCUAGAAAUUACUUGAACCUGUUACUUCAAGAUGUAAUAUUACACGUGCAACUGUCCCAAUGACUCAUUGUGACAGCCAUUUUUUGAGGAUGUAAGAUUUUCUGCAAAUAUUUUCCUUGCGUG